AUGAGGCAGCUACUAACGCUGGUAAUGUGUGUUGCUGUGGUGAUACUACUCGAGCAAUGUGAGGCUACCCCAUCACCCAUUGUCCUCAUUCCGGGGAUAAUGGGCUCUCGGCUUAAAGUGAAGGACAACACACCAAGAUCUCUAUGCUCCACUCGCCACAAAUACAAGAAGCUGUGGAUUAAUCCUGCUCGAAUUUACUGCGCAGUAAGAGAAUUACCGUUGCUUUACGAUGCAAGUACCAACUCGUUCCAUAACAACACUAAAGUCAAGAUCCAUGUUCCGGGAUUUGGCAAUACAAACGGUGUUGAGUACUUGACUACAGGCGGCUUGAUGCCUUACUUACACGAGGCGGUGGAAUACUUUGUAGAUCGAGGCUACAAAAGAGGAAAGACAAUACGUGCUGCUCCUUAUGACUGGAGAUUGGCUGCAGGCUCAGCUCCAUUAUUUUACAUAUCACCAUCACAUGCAGAUGAGCUUGAGAAGAGAGGAUACUUCCAUCGUUUCAAGUCGAUGAUUGAAGACAUGUACGAAACCAACAGCAAUACGAAGAUGACCCUGGUCGUACACAGUAUGGGUGGUCUCGUUUCCCUGCACUUUCUGACUGGCUUCAGUGGGAUUAACCAAGCAUGGAAGGACAAGUACAUCCAUGCGUACGUUACACUGUCAGCUGCUUGGUCCGGAGGUGCUAGUGCAUUGCAAACAGUUAUAUCUGGGAUACACAAUACACAUGGUUUCUUACUAUUUGCAAAUGAUUAUAUUAGUGACUUCGUUGUUCCAAUUGUUCGCACACUAGAAAGUAUCCCUUGGCUCUUUCCGAAAACUUCUGUUUUUGGAAAUGAAGUAUUCGUUUCGACACCAUCUAAGAAUUAUACGGCUAGUGACUAUGAAAAUCUCUUUGGAAAUAUUGGCUACACAAAUGGCUACCUAUUCUUUCAAAGAGUGCAAGCACUUGUCACUGAUUUUCCUGCUCCGAAUGUAUCAACGUACUGUUACUAUGGCGUUGGUGUAAACACUCCGGAAAAACUCUCGUACGAAAAAGAUUUUCGAUCUGGUGUGAACACAAUUGGUUUGACUCCCACUACUAUUUUUAGUGAUGGAGAUGGUACAGUGAACAUCGAGAGCUCAAGGGUAUGUCACGGGUGGUCAAGCAUGAAACCACAAUAUAAUUUCUUCCACAAAGCGUACAAUGAGGUUGAUCAUUUGAAUAUUAUAAGGAUGAGCACGUUUUGAAUGACAUUGCUAGAAUAGUUGGAGCACCUCGAAAAAGGAAAAGCUUUUGGGAGAGACUUUUUGGAUAAUGAUUUGUGGAAUUCAAAUUAGUUAUACAUGUACGUACCUAGUUUGUUAGCAUUAGAAGUUUAGAACUUAACCCGAAACGAUCAGCACGGAUGCAUAAUUAUGCGAAUUGUUUAUGGCAUCAAGCAAAAAGCAUGCUUUUAUUUAGUUGUGAUAUUUUUUCCUGAUGUAUAUUUUCUCUGUAAA